CUGAUGAAUCCUUCUAGAAGCCUGCCGUAGGUUUGUGACAAAGCGGAAAGAAAUAAUUGUUGUCGGUCUUCCUUCAGUGCUCWUGUCUCCAAAUUACAAGUACAACUUUAUACCCUGCGUAAAACAAAAAACAUGGCGUCGGCUGAAGAAAUUACGGCUCAGAUCACCGAGCUAGGUGACAAAAUUAAGCAAGCGAAGGCGGACAAGCAGCCGAAAGAAUUGUGGGACGAGCACUUGCAGAAGAUGCUCCAAUUGAAGGUGUGUGCGUGUGUUUGCUUGCGUUUGUGUGGGUGCAUGUGGUUGUGGUUGUAGUUUGUCAACAUUUAUGUGUGUAUCUGCGAAGAUAUACUCAUUCUUAUGUUCUAAUCAGAUGGCCAUUAUGGUGGCAAAGAACGAAUCGUCCAWUGUAUCAACUCCUUCCUCAACGAAAAGCUGACCAUUGCUCCGUCAUUUCUGGUUUCCYCACGCAAUGAUGUGCAACUCGAAURAUCCAUUCCGUUUGUUUCGUUCCGAAAAGAUCCAAUUCAAAGAAUUAACGGGGAAAGACUUUGGCCCCCCUCCCAAGCCAAAGAAAGAAAAGAAUGUUGGAGCCAUCACGGAGGCAUCUGACAAGAACAAGGAGAAGCGGGCCAAAAAAGCCGCCGAGAAAGCCGCCAAGGCUGCCAAAAAGGAACAGCAGCGGCUCGAGCGAGCGGCCCGCGAAAAGGCUAAGGCCGACAAGCUGGCUGGUGUCGGCGCGGACAAUUUUGGAGACCUGCCCCUGAUCCGUUCCCAGGUAGUUACCGACAAGAUCUGGACGGAAAUACAGGACUUGACCCCCAGUCUGCAGGGUAAAAGUGUUCUAAUCCGUGGGUUCCUGCAGGUCUCGCGGUCGGUUGGGAAGGGGGUCUUUGUCAAGAUCCGAUCGACCAUGUUUACCGUCCAGGGUGUUUGCUUUCAGGACGACAAGAAGGGCAUCAGCCAGGCCAUGAUAAAGUACAUCGCGGGUCUGCCCAUUGAAUCCAUUGUUGACCUCAAGGGAACUGUCACGGUUCCAGAACAACCCGUCGAUUCGUGUACACAGAAAAUGGUGGAGCUCCAGAUUACCACAUUUAAAUGCGUGACCAAAUCGAUCCAGGCUAUGCCCUUCCAGAUGGAGGACGCCAUGCGCCCCGACGAGGGAAAAGAAUCCGAUGUUGGCGCCUACGAGGCAAACGACGAGCUCAUCCAGAAGCGUUCCGAUGGUAUGGCGACCGUCGGUUUAGAAACACGAUUGGACCACCGAUGGAUCGAUCUUCGAACACCCGCCAACCAGGGGAUCUUCCGCAUCGAGUCCAUGGUCGGGGUGCUCUUCCGAGAGUUGCUGGUGAAGAAAGGUUUUAUUGAGCUGCACUCCCCAAAGAUGCUUCGGGGGUCCUCCGAGGGUGGGGCCGAUGUCUUCACCCUGGAUUAUUUUGGGCAAACUGCCUCGUUGGCAAUGAGCCCACAACUCCAGAAGCAGCAGGCUUGCGCCUGUGCCGGAUUCGAAAAAGURUUUGUCACGGGCCCCGUCUUCCGAGCGGAGAACUCGAAUACACGCCGCCAUUUGUGCGAAUUUACUGGUUUCGAUCUGGAAAUGGUCAUCAAAGAGCACUACGACGAGGUYCUCGAUCUAUUUUCUGAGUUGUUCAUCCACAUAUUCGAUGGGCUCAACAAACACUGUAAGCGCGAGCUGGAAGCUGUUCGGGAGCAGCAUCCCUUCGAGGAUCUCAGGUACUGCAACCCCACGCUCAAGCUGACCUACGCUGAGGGAUGCGCCCUCCUGCGGGAGGCCGGUGUUGAACAGGGAGAUUACGAAGAUCUGUCGACGGAAAACGAGAAGCUACUCGGGGACUUGGUUGCAGAGAAGUACGGGACCGACUUUUUCUUCAUGGACAAGUAUCCGCUGGAUGUUCGCCCGUUUUACACGAUGCCCGACCCCCAAAACCCAAAGCUGUCGAACAGUUACGAUUUUUUCAUUCGCGGGCAGGAAAUUUUGAGYGGAGCCCAACGAAUCCACACGGUCGAUUUGCUGGAGGAGCGUGCCAAGGCCUGGGGCAUUGAGCUCGAGGAGAGUUAUGUGGACAGCUUCAAGAACGGUGCCCUCCCCCAUGGCGGGGGUGGGAUCGGGCUGGAGCGCGUUGUCAUGCUCUUUUUGGGGCUUCCAAAUAUUCGAAAGGCAUCCUGGUUCCCGCGCGAUCCCAAGCGACUGGCGCCAUGAAGCUCCCAAUKGAAACCGCAGAAUAUGAUGGUCCGUUCAUAGAAAGAAUAAAGAAGAGUUGCUUGGAUAAGAUCUUUAAUUUCCACAUGGUCUGUSAGUAAACACGUGGUACAGAAAGAUAAUAAUAGGUUUAUAUCGAA